AUGCUCUGCUUCUUCCUCCUGGUUGUUUCCUCCUCAGGUGCGACGUGCUCGGAGCUGCUGAGCCGUCACAGAAGGGGUUGGAUCGUUGACUCCUUCACGAUCGAGGAGGGGCUUCCAGGACCCUUCCCCUAUGAGCUGGGCAAGAUAAAUAUCGAGCGGAGCUAUCCAGUACACUUUGAUCUUUUUGGGGAAGGAGUGGACGAGGACCCAAAAGGAGUUCUCUCCAUUCACAAGGAAUCCGGCACCGUGUACGUGCACAGGGCCGUGGACUACGAGGAGCAUGCAAUGCUGAAGCUGAAAUUUGAGGCCAGAAAGACCGAUUCGUCAAUUGAAACCUCAUUAAAAGUUGAAAUCACCAUAUUGGACAUCAACGACAACCCUCCACGCUUUCAGAGGGAUCUGUUUGGGAUCAGCGUUGGCGAGGAAACGACACAAGGAUCACACCUCCUGACUGUAGUAGCCUUUGAUAGAGACCAGAGAGGGACGCCAAAUUCAACAUUCCACUAUGAAAUCAAGUCUGUGGCUCCAAACACUCCAGACACAGAGUUUUUCAUCGAUGAGUCCGGAUCGAUUUCCUUCAAAGGGUGUUUGGACCACGAGGUGGCUGAAAUGUUCACCGUGGUGGUGGAGGCCAAGGACCACGGGGACGUGGUCAGUCUGUCCAGUUCAACCACGGUUGUCAUCCAUGUGGAGGGCGGCAACAACCACCUGCCGACCAUCAGCGGACACACGGGGUCUGGCAAAGUAAAAGAAGACGAGAUCGGCAGCUCUCCUCUUCGGCUGCACGCUUCGGACGAAGACGCCCCCAACAGCCGGGGCUGGAGAGCCACAUACACCAUCCAGGGCGACCCGGGGGUGGAGAACUUUGAAAUCCAGACAGACCCAGACACCAAUGAUGGAAUCCUGACGGUCAUCAAGCCUUUCGACUUUGAGGCGGGAGCACGCGUGGAGCUGACCAUUUCAGUGGAAAACGAGGCGCCGUAUUCCUCCUGUAGAGUGACGGAGAAGACGCCCUCCGGCCUCUGGAAGGUCGACUCCGGCGACGGCGAGCCUCGCUCGGUAAAAGUCGCCAUCGAAGUCGAGGACGCCAACGACGCCCCGCGGUUCAGCGCCGCCGUCAAAGAGGCCGCGCUGGAGGAGAACGCACCCGUUGGCACCUGGGUGGAGAAGGUGGGAAGUGACCCUGCCGGUUGGGUGACGGUGGAUCCACAAACGGGAGACGUCACGACGGCCGAGACGCCAGACAGAGAAUCUCCUCACGUCGUGAACGGCGUCUACACCGUCGUGCUGCACGCGGUGGACGACGGUAAAACUCAAAAACCACCAUCGACGGGUACGGCCACACUGACGAUCCACGUGACGGACGAGAACGACAACGUGCCUCAGCCGACGGCGGACUACGUUCACGUGUGCGUGUCCGACAGCCCGACCACCGCCAACAUCUCGGCCUUUGACCCGGAUGAAAACCCCUUCGGGGGGCCUUUCACGUUUGAGCUGCUGGGCGACGUCAAGAGAAACUGGAAACUGAACCCCUCAUAUGGAUACACAGCGGGCCUGGUGAAGGAGCCCGGCGUGUCGGCCGGCCCGCAUACGAUCGAUCUGAAGAUCUCCGACAUGCAGGGAAAGUUUGCCGUCUACAGCCUCGGCGUCACGGCGUGCGACUGCUCCGUGACGUCCGACUGCCGAAGCCGCGCGGCCACGAAAGCCGCCUCCGGAGCGAUGGGCGUCGCGAUGUUCGCCUCGCUGCUUUUACUCGCGUUUGUGCUUCUGAUGGCGGUCGUCGUCACCUGCAAAGAAGAGUCCAUUGCUCUGGACAGCAGGGAUUCUUCCGGUGAAACCCUCCUGGUAUACAACACUGAGACACCGGGAACCGACUGCCAGGUCGCCGCUUUAAAACAUCUGCAAACAAAACGUGUGAUAGUUUUUCCCAGAUUUGUGUGCAUGCAAAUAUCGGUAACUGCCCCUCCCCCCCUCCUCCGCCAGGUACCUAACAGUUUCCUGCCACUGACCGUCGAUGAGCCGCAACACAUCAAAGCUUCGACGACGGUUUUAGGCACAACUUUGAUCGACCAUUGCUUGAGACAUUCCAGAAGGGAGAGUUCUUCCUACCUAUUCAACGGGGACUGGAACCAGAAGACUUGGACAGCUAACGCCUCUAAGGGCUUCCAGAGCAAUCGGCAGAUCGAUGACACGAGCACAAUGGAUUUCGGCUACAAGAGGAAGUCGAGCAAGAGAAGGGAAGCAGCUCUGCUAAGCCUGCUGCGUGAGAAACUCUCUGGCCUGGAGACGGAAGAAGAUCUACGAGAGUACCCGCCUCACCUCUACGCCGAUGAGGGGGACUCGGGCACCGUCUCGGAGCUGGAUAGCAUCUCCAUUCCUGACGAGGAUUCGGUCGAGGAAGCGACGAAAGACUUGGGCCCCAACUUCAAGCAACUGGCGGUCAUUUGCAAACCACCACAUACACAAAACGAUGCUUAUCAGACAUGAUUUGUUCUCGAGCGGUGAAACAAAAGGGACAUUUUGGAAAACCAUAUAUGGGCUGCGGUCGAUGAGUCUGAAGAUGACCUCCUGUCUAUUCCUAGGCACUUGACCUCUUUGGAAUAAGUCAUGCGGUCGAGGAAAGAUGGAGAUUAAGAGUUAUGAAAAGACAAACUACACUUUCACUACAAGAUGAGGCGGGCAUGAUGAAACAUUCACCCCAUGUAUUCAUCAUAGAACCCAAACAGAAGUCCUUCAUGUGCAAUAUUUAACUGUAAUAUCAAUAUUUCCUUUGAGCAUAAUGUGGCUUUAAGUUUUGCGUAAUACCAUUUUUGCCAUUGACGACUCAUCAUACCCUCGCAAGUGUGGAACUGUCCAUGGCAUGGAAAGUAUUCCAUCAUAAAUAUGGGGAUUACUUUAUUACAAAAGGUGUGAAUAUAGAUAUAAAAUACAGGCGGCCUAUUAUGAAUGUUUAUCAUAAAUAAUGUGUAGAUUGAAGCAGCAUGUACAUUUCUCCUGCUAUUGAUUUUUUUUUUUACAGAUUAGAAGUGAAUAAACAUACAAUAAA